AUGGGAAAGCAUAUCUUGUUUCCUCUACUGGGCCUGUCUUUGAUGGUGAUCUCCCUUCAAGCUUUGCAGUGUAUCCUGUGUAAUAGGUACAGUUCUGAAGGGAAUUGUGUGACUGGAAGAUUUGCAUGCCAGACUAAACCUGGUGAGAUUUGUGCCACAGUUGUAACCUAUAAAGAUGGAAAAUUUCACUAUGGAAGACAGAAGUGUGCUGAGUGCCUCAGUGGGACUAUUGAGCAUGGAAGUCGGAGAGUAACAACAAACUGUUGCUCAGCCAGCUCUUUCUGCAAUGUAGCACGUCCCUGA